GCCCGGGCCCGGCAGCUCGCCUUACGCACUCCUCCGACCUCGGCCCUUUGGAUUUGACACUCCGGAUACUUUUGAAAGGGCGGAAGGGUGAGAAGCAAAGCGAGCAGCGCUGCUGAGGACAUCUCUCGCUCCGCAGAAGGGACCCCUGACACUUCGCUGCUGGAUUAAAGGCUGGAGCUGCAGAAACUCCUCCCCUUCCCCCCGGUUCUUCCCCCCCUUAUUUCCUAAGACCAUUAAAAAAAAAUUAAAUAAUUAAGGAGCACGGGAGCACGGAGUGACUGCUGCCGAUGGGAUAAGUGGAAGAGAGCCCACCUCUCCGGGCCGGGAUGGGCAGCACUGCCAUGGACACCAAGAAGAAGGACUCGUCCGGCAGCGGCAGGAGAGGCUCCAGCCAGAAGAAGCUCGUGCUGCGAGUGCACAUCCCCGAUCUCAGCUCUUUUGCCAUGCCAUUCUUGGACGGUGAUGUGGAGAACGCAGACAAAAAUGCUUCUCGCAAGGUGGACGAAAGCUACUCUGCAGGCAGUCCUUCGAAAGGCAUUUUCUCAAAAGGGCUCCAGAACCGACCUUCCAGCCCUGUUUCUGCCCCUGUGAGAUCCAAACACAGCCCUGGCUCACCCAAAACAGUCUUCCCCUUCCCCUACCAGGAGUCUCCCCCACGCUCCCCACGUCGAAUGAGCUUCAGUGGGAUCUUCAGGUCCUCCUCCAAAGAGUCCUCCCCCAAUUCUAACCCGUCUACCUCUCCUGGGGGCAUCAAGUUUUUCUCCAGAUCAAGAAAAACCUCUGGCCUCUCCUCUUCUCCAUCUACCCCAACACAAGUGACCAAGCAGUCCACGUUUCCUCUUGAAUCCUAUAAGCAUGAGCCUGAGAGACUAGAAACACGGAUUCACUGUUCUUCUCCUCCGGACAUAGGGCAGAGAUUUUCUUUGCCUCCAUCCCAAAGUGCAGCCAAGCCUCCUAUAAUGACACCAUCUCUCUGUGCUACCUCAAAACCAGCGGCGGCAUCGGCUCCGGCUCCCUCUCAGCUCCCGGCCGCCUCCGAAGGGAUGCUGGAGAAACUCGAGCUCGAAGAUGAAGCACUUGAAGAAUCGGAAAGUGACAUUUAUGUGCGAUUCAUGAGGUCACACAAGUGUUAUGACAUUGUUCCAACAAGCUCUAAGCUUGUUGUUUUCGACACUACGCUACAAGUAAAGAAGGCCUUUUUCGCCUUGGUGGCAAAUGGUGUGAGAGCAGCUCCACUGUGGGAGAGUAAAAAACAGAGUUUUGUAGGAAUGUUAACAAUUACAGAUUUCAUUAACAUACUGCAUAGAUACUAUAAAUCUCCGAUGGUUCAGAUCUAUGAAUUGGAGGAGCACAAAAUAGAAACCUGGAGGGAACUUUAUUUACAAGAGACGUUUAAACCUUUAGUGAACAUCUCCCCAGAUGCAAGCCUUUUUGAUGCUGUAUAUUCAUUGAUCAAAAACAAAAUCCACAGAUUGCCAGUUAUAGAUCCCGUCAGUGGAAAUGCACUUUAUAUACUUACCCAUAAAAGAAUCCUCAAGUUCCUCCAGCUUUUUAUGUCAGAAAUGCCAAAGCCUGCCUUUAUGAAGAAGAAUCUGGAUGAACUUGGAAUAGGAACUUACCACAACAUUGCCUUCAUACAUCCAGACACUCCUAUCAUUAAAGCCUUGAAUAUAUUUGUAGAGAGAAGGAUAUCGGCUUUACCUGUUGUGGAUGAGUCAGGAAAAGUUGUAGAUAUUUAUUCCAAAUUUGAUGUAAUAAACCUUGCUGCUGAAAAAACCUAUAAUAACCUAGAUAUCACAGUGACACAAGCCCUACAGCACCGUUCUCAGUAUUUUGAAGGUGUUGUAAAGUGUAGUAUGCUGGAAACACUGGAGACCAUUGUUGAUAGGAUAGUGAAGGCUGAGGUUCAUCGUUUGGUGGUAGUGAAUGAAGCAGAUAGCAUUGUGGGUAUCAUCUCCCUUUCUGACAUUCUACAGGCUUUGGUACUCACGCCAGCAGGUGCCAAACAAAAGGAGAAUGAAAGUGAAUGACUGCUGUGAAUGUAUAAACGUUUGUAGGAGAACUUGAACAAAGUUUCUGGGUCAAGUUUGUCUCGAGAACAGUGACUGCAAUAGAACAGAGCAGGAUGGUUGAGAAUGUGUUUUGGGACUUAGUGAUGGAUGAUGAGUCUAUUCCCCCCCAGUGAUGUCGCAAAAAAACAAAGCAGCAUGACAAAAGCUUAUGUUACAAUGUAGGCUUGUAUUUCAAAACGUCUUCAGAACAUUUGCUGGAAGACUUCACACGAUGUCCUUCAUUAAAAUGCACUGUAUUCUGAAACUUUUUCAUUUUGUAUUUGACAGAAGUCACUGGUCAGCAAUGGAUAUAUGUGACAUAAGGCAAGUGUAUGGCAUAUUCAUAUCAUAGUGCCUUAUGUCAAAAUACAGCAAUAUGUCAUCACUGUUGCCCAUCACUGUCAAAGGAAGUAUUGUGUUAAAUGAGACACUGUAUUUGAAUGUGAAAGUCUUUAAACCUAAACCAAAUCAGUUUCAGUUCUCAUUAGACUUGUCAUAAAAGCUGUAAUUUGAAUAUCAGUAGACUUCUUUAAAACUUUAAUGACAGUUUUGUGUUAAAUGUCGCAUUCUGAACCGAGUUGUAAAACGAGACUGAUUUUAAAAACAGCUUUAUUUAUUUUUACUUUCAUGACAAUUUUUUACACAUCUUUGGUGGAUAGCUAAAAUUUCACCAUAUCCAUUAAUAAACUGUUGAUUGUUAUACAAACCAGUGGCAGAUUUUCUCAUUAUUUACAACGUUGGAGUUGUAGGGCUGUUGGUCAGUCCACGUGAGUGGAGUUGGAGAUCCCAGCAGUGCUCCGUGCUGUGCUGUGCAGGCACCGUGUGGGAAGGGACGUGCCAGAGAACCAGACUUUCCACUGUGUUGAAGAUGUAAAAUGAUGUCUGUACGACUAAAAUGCAACUCUGUAUUGUAUGUGAUUUGUACAGAAGCCGAGGAAGGCCGUGGGGUUUUGCUGAUGUAAAUGUACUGUAACAUUUGAUGAUGAGAUUUUUAUAAUUGUAGAUGGAAGAAAUUAAACCCUCCAACAUCCGUUUGGUGUUAGCGGCUCUCGCCACGUUUUUCUGCACGUGUGAUGUAUGUGUGUUUUGGGUGAUGUAAGCUCCACACAGAUGUUCCCAUUUUCCUUCAGCUUAUGAGGCAGCUUGUGCUGAUGGCACGGUGCAGGUAGUGCUGCUUCUGGCAGUGCUGUGUUUCCAGUGGGAACGUGGCCCCACAAUAAUGGCACUAGGCUGACCCUUUAUUUUUCCAUGUAUAAACACUGAAGCAAAAGGUGAACGAUUUGCAGUUUGCUGACAACAUGUGAGGUUUUUAAGAGCAAUGGAAAGCCCUUUCUUCAGACCUCACUUCCUGCAGGAGAUUUUGGAACAAAAUGUGUGAAAGUUUUCAUCCUACUGAUGUUUUUCGUGUGUAAAAACAUUCUUGUACACAGGGACAAACUAUUCUCUCACACUCUCAUUGCAAACCGUUGUCUUGUCCAGCAUCUUUUCUGACUAAUGACCUGCCAGCUGUGCUCCCUGUGCUUCUGAGAGGCACAAAACUGAGAAAGCAGCCACCUGGUGGGGCCAGCUGCUCACUGCUGCUGUUACAGACCAGCAGCUCAGCUCGCUUGUCUUUGCUGGGGAAAGGAGCGACAGAAACCAGAAAUAGCAGCUCUUGUGCUUCGUGAGCUGUGUGGAAAGGGAUCAUUGGUGGUAGAUUGAAAUUUCACGUGGUCAUCACUACCUGUAAAUGCCAUCCAAGCUGCACAGGUGUGACUUCUUGAAAGCCUGCUUGCUGUUCCAGCACCAGAAUUACAGCCAGCUUUAGAAGGUAUGGGAUGGAACUGCCUAAGUGCAGCACUCUAUCUCACUCUGCCUAGCAUGAGUCUGCAGGAACAACAUUUUCAGUCCUACAUUAGGGUAGUUCUGGAAAAAAUGAAGGGUUGAGCCACUGAUAGAUGCUUUUUUCUUACAUUAUAUUUAGCACAAAGUCUUUUGGCCAUAUUCCAUCCAGACAGCUUUGUGCCUGUCUGCAUAAAUUAGCAUGCAGAAUGAAUUUGCAGUUUUCAAACAGCCAUGCACAGAGUCCCUGUUUUAACAUUAUUACAAGUGCCAUGCAUGUGUUAUGGACACUGAGCUAGCAGAAUCAUGGAAAGCUGGGAUCCUCAGUGAUGCAAAACUGUAUUCAGAGGAUUUCUACCCUUGCUUUCUGAAAUUCAGUUCUGAAUAUUAAUUUAAGCGUGACAAAAGUAUCAUCAAAAAGGCAUUUUCCUUUACCAUGCUCCUUGUCCUGGCACAAGUACCUGUUACACAAACUAAACCAACCAUGUCAUUUUAAUGCAGAUCGGUUUACUACAGAGCUGGGAAACUGCUUGUAUCAGCUUAACGAAGGCAUAGAAGUAAAUGGGGGUAGAGAAAGGAGGGAUGAUUUGGCAGCAGUGCAGCAUGUACCACGCUGUGUUGCCAGAGCACCUAAAGCUUUCAUGUAGGACACUUCCCUUUCACGUAGCUCGCUAGGGAAAACCAGACAGCAGUUGGUACCUAUGGAGCUGAGACCACAGAAUUCCCUUUCUUUACACAGAUGUGGUGAUGCUGCAGGUGGAGGUCUCAGGGAGUUCUUCUUACAGCUCUGAUAGACUAUUCCAUGGCAUAGAUUGUCAUUCCCAGGUAUGCUGAGGUGCUGAAGAAGUGGAUUCCAUUCAGCCAGCCGGAUGGGAAAGCCUAUGUGAUUGAUUCCUGUGCUGCCCCAUGUGUUUCCUUGCCAGCAAGAGAUGUCUGCAAAAGAUAAUUAUUCUAAAGUACUUCUUGGUCUUGCGAGGGAUCAGAUGAUGUUUGCUACUGACCUGCUGUGGAUGUGUUUAAGUAUAAGGAAAUGUCUUUGUAGAACUAUGUUUGCCAUUAUUUUUUCAAUUAAGCUCAGCCCCUCAGUAUUUUGCACUAUCUAGAGAUGCUGUGAGCUCAUUACUUCAGAAAAUUGUCCUUUGCUGACAUUGAUCAUUUGGCUGAUAAAAACACUUUCAUGUUGUUUUACUUCUGGACUCCUUUCAGUUAAAAGGUCUGAGGUCUGUAAGCCUUGCAGACUGUAUUUGCUGUUUACUAGCAACUGAAUUGCAACUGUUGAGUCUGAGGCCUAUUCAUCUCCAGUCCUACAGAAUAUUGCUCUGCUGGGAAUGUUUGGGUAACGCAGAAACAACCGACAUUGCUUUCCAAGGCUCGAGUUCUUGUCCUCCCAGCAGGCGAGGAAUCUGACUGAAGCAGUUCCAAAACUGCUUUGAGAACACACUUUGCCAUCUUUCAAUUGAGCUCAGGGUAAGCUGGAGUCAUUCAGUUUCGGUCCAAGCAGAGGUGAAACCAUGCGUGCCUAAUCCUGCUGAACAGCAGGCUCUCCAUGCUCAGCUCUCAGGAGCAGCCAGUUUGCUUCAAAAUCUUCACACCUUAUGUGCUCCCACAUUAAAUGUUUACUAGGGGUAAUCUCCAGGAGAAAACGUCAUUCUGAAUAGUUUUAUAGUACCCUUGUAUCCACAUCACGUGCAUCAUGCAAAAAAAAAAUGUUCUGCAGACAGUGCUUUUUGCUCUUAACUCCAGGUCCAAAUUUAAAGGCAGUUUUGAGUGUUACUUUAUUGGCACUCAUGAUGAUUGCAUUGAUUCCCACUGAGGUGCAUGCAGAGAGGUGACAGGUACACAUACAGCAAGCUGAUCCCUGGGGUGUCCCUGCCAGCAGUGAAUGGCAGAAGCCCAUAACAUCAAUAGUCUCAGUGAUAGGAGUUGCAGGUACCAUUUAAUGCAGAAUUAUUUCUUUUUAAUUUUUUUUCUACUAUUAUUCUGUCAGCAUUUCUAUACAAAUGUUGGAGAAUUUGAUCUCCAUCAAAAUCCAUGAGGGGCCAGGAACAAGUGCAGGAUGGAACUGAGUGUACUUCCUAACUUCAGUGGGCAGCAAAGCGUAUGCCGUACAUGUAGGAGCACACCCAGUGCUAACAUUGGGUGCAGUUCCAAUAACUCCUCGGGAAGCUGCUGAUUUGCCAGAGGAUUGAGCAGGUAAUUAAAUUGGUAAUUGCUGUUAUAGGAACUGAAUGUACAAGUCAGAUGUGUUUUGCAUUUGGAACCUGAGUAGCACUGUGUUCGUGGGUUUGUAUGUGCUGGAUUGCCAUAAAAACACUUAACUGCUGGGUUAUGUUUCCUGGAGGAAAUUCAUCGCAGCUUUUUCUCCAUCACAGCAAAGCAGACACAGGCAACAAAAGACAGACGCUUUCCAGUUUCUCAGCCUCCACAUCUGUUCCUGAUCUCACUGCAUAUACAUGCUCUAUUUGUGCCGGCACUUUUUGUUUUGGAACCUAGACCAUGCCUGAUGUGUUGCAUUUGUUGACCAUGUCUGUUGGUAACAUGUUUACAAUAAAAUGAAUAUAACUUA